GCCGGGGCCAGGGCCGGGGGCUGCCCGGGGCCCGCGCCGCUGCAUGGGGGCGGCCCGCGGGCCCUGAGAAGAAGGGCGGGCGUGCAGGCCGGAUUGGGAGGGGCGGGGCCGGGCGGCCGCAGGCCGGAGGCGCGUCGGGCUGGAGCCGGUCACGAUGCCCCGAAGGAAGCAGAGCCACCCGCAGCCCGUGAAAUGCGAGGGGGUCAAAGUGGAUACCGAAGACUCCCUCGACGAAGGACCCGGGGCCCUCGUAUUGGAGAGUGAUUUGCUACUAGGCCAGGAUCUGGAGUUUGAGGAGGAAGAGGAAGAGGAAGAGGAGGAAGGUGACGGCAACAGCGACCAGCUCAUGGGCUUCGAGAGAGACUCUGAAGGAGACUCUCUGGGGGCCAGGCCUGGGCUUCCCUACGGGCUGAGUGAUGACGAGUCUGGGGGCGGCCGGCCACUAAGUGCUGAGAGUGAAGUUGAGGAACCAGCCAGGGGUCCAGGGGAGGCCAGGGGUGAGAGGCCAGGCCCAGCCUGCCAGCUGUGUGGGGGGCCGACAGGUGAGGGGCCGUGUUGUGGGGCAGGAGGGCCGGGUGGGGGGCCCCCGCUGCCCCCACGGCUACUGUACUCAUGCCGCCUCUGCGCCUUCGUGUCCCACUACUCGAGCCACCUGAAGCGGCACAUGCAGACACACAGCGGGGAGAAGCCGUUCCGCUGUGGCCGCUGCCCCUACGCCUCAGCCCAGCUCGUCAACCUGACGCGACAUACCCGCACCCACACUGGCGAGAAGCCCUACCGCUGUCCCCACUGCCCCUUUGCCUGCAGCAGCCUGGGCAACCUGAGGCGGCAUCAGCGUACCCACGCGGGGCCCCCCACUCCUCCCUGCCCGACCUGUGGCUUCCGCUGCUGUGCUCCACGUCCCACCCGGCCUCCCAGUCCCACAGAGCAGGAGGGGGCAGUGCCCCGGCGACCUGAAGAUGCUCUGCUGCUUCCAGAUUUGAGCCUCCAUGUGCCACCAGGUGGUGCCAGUUUCCUGCCGGACUGUGGGCAGCUGCGGGGUGAAGGGGAGGGCCUCUGUGGGACUGGCUCAGAACCACUGCCAGAGCUGCUGUUCCCUUGGACCUGCCGGAACUGUGGACAGGAGCUGGAGGAGGGCGAGGGUAGUCGGCUGGGAGCUGCCAUGUGUGGGCGCUGCAUGCGAGGAGAGGCUGGAGGGGGUGCCAGUGGGGGGCCCCAAGGCCCCAGUGACAAAGGCUUUGCCUGUAGCCUCUGCCCCUUUGCCACUCAUUAUCCCAACCACCUGGCCCGGCAUAUGAAGACGCACAGUGGCGAGAAGCCCUUUCGCUGUGCCCGCUGUCCCUAUGCCUCUGCUCAUUUGGAUAACCUGAAACGGCACCAGCGCGUCCACACAGGGGAGAAGCCCUACAAGUGCCCCCUCUGCCCCUAUGCCUGUGGCAACCUGGCCAACCUCAAGCGUCAUGGUCGCAUCCACUCUGGGGACAAACCUUUUCGGUGUAGCCUUUGCAACUACAGCUGCAAUCAGAGCAUGAACCUCAAGCGCCACAUGCUGCGGCACACAGGCGAGAAGCCCUUCCGCUGUGCCACCUGCGCCUACACCACAGGCCACUGGGACAACUACAAACGCCACCAGAAGGUGCAUGGCCAUGGUGGGGCAGGAGGGCCUGGCCUCUCUGCCUCUGAGGGCUGGGCCCCAGCUCACAGCCCCUCCUCUGUGUUGAGCUCUCGGGGUCCGACAGCUUUGAGUGCCGCUGGUAGCCGGGCUCUCCAUACGGACUCGCCCUGAACUAGGUCCUUCUCCCUCAGGGCCCUAUGGAUUAGCCCUGCCUCUCCUGUACGUUUUAUACAGAUGGACCAGAAGCCACCUCCUACUUCCUCCCCCGCUGGCCAGGGGCUCCACAGACUAACCUAGGCACUAUAUGGACCAGCUCAGACCCCAUGGGCGAGGGGCCCAUAUGGACCAGGGGGCCUUGCCUUGACUGAUGCACUUCAUGAGCUCAGUGAGAAGGGCCCUGUGUUCACCUCCACUGCUCCCAGGGGCAGGAGAGGAACUGGCUGGGGGAUUGCCCAGCCUCCCACCUGUUUAUUUAACUUAUUUCAGUGCUUUAUAAUAAAGGAAACACUAACAAAGCCAUGUCUAUGCUGAAUUGGCAGUGGCAAGCACCUUACCCUUAGUGCAGCAGUCUGUGCUGUGAUGGGGGGGGGGCAGGGGCAGUGAAAGGGAACCAGAGGUAGGCAGCAGUCAGGCUGAGUUUAAUGACGGGGAGUUGAGCCAGACCGUACAUAGACCUCUGCCCAUCCCCUUGGCCCAUGGCCCCGAGAAGCCAGAAGCAGCCCCAGGGGAAGCUGCAGUUCCUCCCCAAGGCAGGUAGCCAUGGUCCCUUGGACUUUGUGCAAAAUACUAAAUGCUAAUUUGGCAUUGAGGGCCAGCUCUGAAAAGAGAGAACACUCCUUUGUGCAGCCAGCCCAGGGGGUGGAUGGGAAGGUGGGUUAGGAAGCCCCUGGCCAAGAGAAGAAAGGGGAAGGAAG